AAAUUUAAAAAAAUGAAAACAGCAAUCGUCGGUUGCAGAAAGCAAAAAUCAGAAGAAAAUGGACAAGGCACCAGCAGCAACCGGCUGUUACAAGUGCGGCCGACCAGGCCACUGGUCACGUGACUGCCCUUCCUCCGCCCCUACCCCCAAUUCCAAUUCCAAUCCUAAUUCCAACCCUAACCCUAACCCCACAAAUCUCAAUUCCUCUUCUUAUCCUUUCAAAAGCGGUACUGGUACUGGGAUCGAAGGGAAGGCGAAGAAGGUGUCGGUUCCGAAGACUCGGCCGAAGCUGACGCCGGAGCUGCUUCUCUCAGACGAUGGGCUCGGCUACGUCCUCCGCCACUUCCCUCGCGCCUUCAAGUAUCGCGGCCGCGGACACGAGGUUAGAGAUUUGGGGAAUCUAAUUGGGAUGUACACACAAUGGCAUUCGCGAUUGCUACCAUAUUACUCGUUUGAUCAGUUUGUUCAUAAGGUCGAACAAGUUGCCGCCACCAGACGUGUGAAGAUGACUCUUAGGGAUUUGAGAGAAAGAGUUGCAAGUGGAGGAGACCCGACAAAGUUGCGUGAAACAGCGGUCGAGGAAGGCGUUCCAAAUGAUCAAGAGGAAACCUUGAACCCUGAGGGACCAAGUGAUCACCAGGGAGGUUCGUCUUCAGGGAACCAUGAUGUGGAUGAUCUGCAGGAAGAGAUGCUUCACGAAAUCUACGAGAAAGCCACUCAGGAACCGUCUGAGACGUUCCAUGGUGAGAUGGUUGCUCCUAGUGCUGGUAUACCUGCAUCAGAAAGUUUCCAGAAACAAAUAACCAAUCAAGUCGAAAACAAUGAAGGUAAGGAAUCCAGUGAAAAUCAUAUGACAGAUGAACAGAAAGGGCGAAUGGAAGCUAAUAGAUUGAAGGCACUUAAGAAAGCCGCAGCCCGCCGCCAAUUGCAGGCAGCUUGAGUUUCCGUUUCUUUUCUAUCUUGCUCUAAUUUCUGUUUCAGGGUGUUUUGUUAUGGAUGUGGUUAUAGGCAUCAUAUUCUUUGUACGACGAAGUUUAUAGCAGUUAUGAGAUUAUUUCUAGUUAUGCCUAAAAAAUGAAAAUAGUAAUAGCAAAGACGGAUUCACUGGAUGUCACGUGACAUUGAAUUAAGAUGCACAAUUACAGGAAACUCAUUUCUUAUAAAUCUUUUUCAUGAUAUGACUUGAUUUUGAUUCUCUAA